AUGAAUUGCCUUUUAUCAGUUCUCCAACAUGUUCGUUUUAUAACUGAUCUCAGACAGGCAUCCAAAGUUAUACCCGAGGGAUGUCCAACAAUGACAGCCACUGUUAAGAUCUACGACAUUGCUUCGAAAGUGCACACUAAGGAAUUCCAGGUAAGUAUUUCAUGGUAUGGGUUAACUUUAUCUUUGCUUUUUACAGUCGUUUAUUAUUUAGAUAGGGUUCUCAACUUGUUCUCUUUUGCAGCGGCAAGAAUAUGAAUGUAGCGUAGCAGAGCUUCUGACAGCCAUUGACUGGGAUAAAAAAGAUCGCGGUGUUGGGUUUUGGAACGACACAAUGGAGUUUUAUCAAGUGCUUCUGGAAAAGUUGGAAGUAGAAAUGGAGGUGACCGUUAAUGUAAACGAACUGUAGUUACGUUAUCUACUAAUUGACUGUAAAUAGAAUCAUAGAUCAAAGCGUUGGAAAUUAAGGCUUUCCCUUCCCAACCCACUUCUUCGGCUCCUUGGCCUUUUUUACAAAAUCAAAGUAAUUCUUGAAGCUGUAUCCCCAAAAAAGGGGAGCUUAAGGAAAGGUGAUUUGUUUAGCAACGCACUCCGUCAGGAAGUGAGGCCUUUGCCGGGCCUCAAACAUUUUUCGACGUAGCAAAUUAGUAUUGCUAACUAUUAUUGAUCCUGUAGAGGAGAUUGUUUGGAAACAUGGGCAGAGCCACUUUCAGUUGCAGCCCGUCGCUGAAAAUACGCCUCCGGUUAAGUUCACUGUCAAAAUGGGGCAUUGGAAGGGUGGGGCGGCUUGACAAACGUUGACAAUGGCUGAACAGUGAUGCAUUAUCAUUUUUAAUUAAAGGACCAGGAUGGGCUCUUUGAGGGGACGUGCAAGUCUUUCAAAGAAACGUUUUAUAGUCGUGUGCAUGACUCCGAUGCAGAUAAUGAAAAUGGGAACGUCUUCAUCUACAGUAUCCUUUUUCUCAACUAACAAAUAUUAAUCAAGAAAUAAAACUGUUUAUAAAAUCCUGUCGCUACGCUUGGUCAUCUAAAGCCGGCUUUUGGAUGGCGUCAUAGUUGGUAACGUACUGUUGUUUCUGUUUUGGAAUGAAAAAUUCAGUAACCGGUUUUUAUUAUAAAUGUGUCUUGAGUACGCAAAAUAACGCAGCAUGCGGAUAUUAUUGCGUCUUCUUUUUUGGGAGAAUUAACUUAAAGCAUCCGGGCAGUGUAAAUUUGUUCAUUCCCGUCCAAGAUACAUGGAAACAAAAAGGACAAAUUAUUGUUCAAAUAACAGCAUUAAAUGAUUUUCUUAACUCAGUGUCCAGUGUCUCCGUGUAACUAUCUAAUCGUGCCGGCCAGUUGGGAGGAAGGAGACUCACUUACUCGUUUAUUGGAGGUCGUGCAGACAGGAGUCACCAAGGUAAGCAAAAGAUAUUCCGAUAUUUAUCCUAUUUGAAAUGUAGCCAAUGAAACUCGAUGAUCUGAGUAGUUCUUCAUGUGUUUAUACCUGACCUUUUUGCGACAUAGCCUACUCACGUUUUCAUUUCUGUUUUUCUUUUCUGCGUCAUAGGAUAUAGAGCUAUCAGCGGCACCACGAAGAGUGAUCAAGUAUAGAAGACUUGCAAACGUACUUGCUAUUUGCCUGAACCGUACAGUUAACGUAAGAAAACCUGAAGUUGUAGUUAAAUUUUGACAUGCAUCAGCACAUGAUGUUUGGGUUACCAAACCUGACUUAAAGGAUUUGUGAAAACCAACCAUUUAAGUGCGCUUUAUUUUUCAAUUUUCUUGCAGGCUAAAGUUGACAUUCCAUUGACGUUAUCGGAGUUUUCCCUUUCUAAUCCUGGUGAAUUAAUGCCCCUUUACGGGUCCAGUGCCAAUAACGUGAUAUUGUGGGGAGCAAUAAGCCAUGAAUCGGGGCAUUACACCAGUAUUGUGAGGAUUACAGCGACUUCCCGCGAAUGGUUAGUGUCACACGUACGUUUAAUUCAUCGUACAUCUACCUGUCGUUUCUUUCAAUAUCAUUAUUUUCUCAUUCCCGACUACCAAUAAAAUUUGAAUAAGUUACAGUUUGACGGGGACCGAAAGCCAGUUGUUCUACAAUACCCAACGGUAGCAAUGUUAACGUCUUGACUUUAUUUUUGCACCUGGCUAUCUGUAUUUCGUAGCGGGCGUCCUAUAAAAUUACAGCAGGGGCCUCUGGUAAAGACAAGAAAGAUCCACCUGUUUACCACAUAGUGCCCAUGGGUAAUCCGGGAACUGGGAAAACGACGAUAGGGAGGUUGAUGGCAGGUGUGUGAAUUCACGAUUACUGGCAUCAGCCAAAUAACAGUUGAGCCCUCAAUAAGAGGGCACCCUCUUAUAAGCGGCCAGUGAUCAAAUUGUAGGAACGAAUGACUGGAAUAAGAAGUUAUACACCUUUCAAGCCGCCACCUCCAUUGAGCGACAGCGGCAACCGACAACGGGUUCUUCUAUUGUUGUCACCUCAAUUAACCAGUCGUACGUCUAGUCACGAAUAUGAUGAAGGAAAGUAUCGUCGUUAUAGAAGGUGACGGCCAAUUGUGGACCCGUAACACACCUUCCCUCGCGCACUUGUUUCAAAAUAAAGCUAAGUUUCUGCUGAUGAACCUCUAUCGACNCAUGGGUAAUCCGGGAACUGGGAAAACGACGAUAGGGAGGUUGAUAGCAGGUGUGUGAAUUCACGAUUACUGGCAUCAGCCAAAUAACAGUUGAGCCCUCAAUAAGAGGGCACCCUCUUAUAAGCGGCCAGUGAUCAAAUUGUAGGAACGAAUGACUGGAAUAAGAAGUUAUACACCUUUCAAGCCGCCACCUCCAUUGAGCGACAGCGGCAACCGACAACGGGUUCUUCUAUUGUUGUCACCUCAAUUAACCAGUCGUACGUCUAGUCACGAAUAUGAUGAAGGAAAGUAUCGUCGUUAUAGAAGGUGACGGCCAAUUGUGGACCCGUAACACACCUUCCCUCGCGCACUUGUUUCAAAAUAAAGCUAAGUUUCUGCUGAUGAACCUCUAUCGACCGGCUAACCUCUAUUAAGUGAUCACUUACAGGUACCCGGAGGGUGGCUGCUUAAUGGAGGUUAAAAUGUAUUUAUAUUUUUCUAGGCAUCUUGAAAGACCUGGGAAUUACCAAAUCAUCAAAGUUGGCCGAAGUGCAACGACCCGAUCUUGUUGCCUCGUUUCUCGGGCAGACUGCCUCUUAGACGAAAGCGUGUAUCGAGCGGGCAGAGGGCAGCGUACUUUUCGUAGAUGAGGCGUAUCGUCUGAGGGUGGACUCCGAGAAGGAUUACCUUGAUGGAAGCCAUGCUCCGAGGUAA